AUGGCCAUCAACCCCAGUAUGGCCAUCAACCCCAGUAUGGCCCAGUAUGGCCAUCAACCCCAGUAUGGCCAUCAUCCCCAGUGUCCCAGUGACCCCAGUAUGGCCAUCAACCCCAGUUGUGCCCACUGUGCCCGAGCCUCCGAACUGGACCGGGGGGACUGCCAGGACACGCCGAUGCCGUGGCCGUCGGCUCUGCCGGACACGCCGUUCCCCAGCCGGGCCCCGGCGGCGGUGGCCGCGGUGGCCGAGGCGCUGCUGGCCCCCGGGUUCUGGGCUCUGGACCGGCUGCUGGCCCUGCGGCCCACCACGGCCCAGCGGGCGCGCUGGCGGCGGCACCGGGCCGGCCGCUGCCUGGCCGUGGGCGCGCGGGCGCUGGCGGCACCGGCGCUGCUGCUGGCGCUGCUGCUGGCGCUGCCGCCGGCGCUCCUGGGGCUGCUGCUGUGGCUCCCGGCGCAGGCCAAGCGCCGGCCCUUCGUCUACCAGCACGCGGCCACCGCGCCCGCGCCCGCGCCCUGGGACCCGCGGCAAGCCCGCGGCUUCACCUUCCUGACCGCCAACCUGUGCCUGCUGCCCAGCGGCCUGGCCCGCUUCAGCAACCUGGGCGGCACGCGGCAGCGCGCGGCGCUCAUCGCCCGGCUCCUGGCGCCCGGCGCGCCGGCGGAACCUUCCGGGCACCGCCACGGGCUGCUGGAGCCGCGGCGCGGCCAGGACGGCGGCUACGGGGGCACGCUCAGCACCGCGGCUUGGGGGCACCCGGGCGGCGAUUCCAGGGUGGACACGUGGGUGGUGGCCAGUCCGGCAGCAGCGGUGGACGGCACGAUGCCGUGGCUGGAGAUGCCAAUGGCCAGCCCAACACCGAUGGCCAAUCCAACACUGAUGGCCAAUCCAACACCGAUGGUCAGUCCAACACCGAUGACCAACUCAACACUGAUGGCCAACCCAACACCGAUGGCCAACCCAACACCGAUGGCCAACCCAACACCGAUGACCAACUCAACACUGAUGACCAACUCAACACCGAUGACCAACCCAACAGUGAUGGCCAACCCAACACCAAUGACCAACCCAACACUGAUGACCAACCCAACAACGAUGACCAACCCUUGGCCAAGCGUUGACUCAGUGCCAACACUGGAGUUGCCGAUCACCAACCCAACCCUGGGACCUGCUCCAUCACCAAUGACCAACCCGGGGCCGGAGCGGCCGAUCCCGCUGCCCGACCCGAUGCCCCCGGUGCUGACCGCCCACAUCCCGCCGGACACCGACUUCGUGUGCCUGCAGGAGGUGUUCGAUGCCACCGCGGCCACCACCCUGCGCCGGCAGCUGGGCCAGCGCUUCCCGCACGUGCUGUGGGGCGUGGGCCCGGGGGGGCUGCGCUGCGGCCGGCUGCGCGUGCUGGGCAGCGGCCUGGUCCUGGGCAGCCGCUUCCCGCUGCUGGCCGCCCGCUUCCACCCCUUCCCCAACGGCGCCCACGAGGACGCGCUGGCCAACAAGGGGCUGCUGGUGGCACAGGUGCUGUUGGGGACGGGGCGGGGCCGGCGCGUCGUGGGUUACCUGGGCUGCACCCACCUGCAGGCACCCGCGGCCGAUGGCCCCAUCCGUGACGUGCAGCUGUCCCUGGUGCUCCGGUGGCUCCGGGAGUUCCGGCGGGACCAGGAACGGCCGAGGGACCUGGUGGCCUUCGAUGUCCUCUGCGGGGACCUCAACUUCGACAACUGCUCCCGGGGUGACGCCAAGAACCAGGAGCACCCCCUGUUCAAGGAGUUCUGGGACCCCGCGCGCUGCGAGUCGGGCCAGGAACAGCCCUGGGCCAUCGGGACGCUGCUCAACUGGCUCAAGAUCUACGAGGAGCCCGUGUCCACCCCUGAGAAGAUGAGGAGGACGCUGUCGCAGCCCGAGGGACGCGAGCGGUUCCUGGCGGGUCCCAUCCUGUCCUGUGGGGCGCUGGACCCGCGGGCGCCGCGGCCGUGGCAGGGCCGGAGGGUGGACAGGGUGCUGCUGCGGAGGGCGCCCGCGCUGGCCACCGAGGUCACGGGCUACUCGGUCAUCACCCAGCUGGCCACACUGUCCGACCACCUGCCCGUGGCCCUGCGGCUGCGCCUGGGGCCCGCUGACCUCUGA